AUGCCCCUCUCCACAUCCCCCAGGAAACAUCUCCCCGCCAUCCGCCUCGCCACUGACACCGCCCCAAGGUCCUCCACUCACACCUCUCGCUCCCAUGCCAGAAGGGACAGGGCACCAAGGCUAUCAAGAGGUGGAGAUCGGACACAGGACUGGGUCAGGCAGGUAGAACAGUCUCGUGCCAGGGGAGCCAUGCACAUCGUAGACGGCGACGAUCUGGUCAGCGUAGAUGAGCCGUACACCCAGCCAUCUUGUUGGUCAGAGUCUGUCUCAACAGACGUUUUCGACUCCCUCGUUGAUGAGCUCAACCCAUCCCCUUCCUCCCUUCCCUCUCUCCCUACCACCGCAAGCAUAAUCUCUGCCAAUGAAAGCCGCCGGUACAUCCUUCAGUCAGACUCUGAAGACGAAGAGGACAGGCGCAAAAACAAGAAGGAAUCAUCUUCGCGCCCGAGAUACAAUAGUCUUCUUUCCCCAGAGGCUCCCAAGGCCGCCAGGAAAAGCAGAAAGAGCAAAGACCAUGCGAGGUCGGUUCCCAAUAGCCCUAUAUCGCCUCUGGACCCUGCCGCGCCGAUAAUGGCUCCUUACGACUUGCCUGACGAAUACCAACCCCCAGAACCUUCACCACCACCCCCUCCGAAUCUAAAGCCGGUAGUCCCUGUACUGUCGAUCAAUGAUAUCAUCAACAGACACAAGCAGGCGUUGGGGGCGGCGGAAAAGGCUGUCAAUGACAGGGCGAGGAAGGAGAUGGGAUUGUCGAGGAAGGAGAGUCCCAAGAAAGAGUCGCUUGGCUUGAAGGAACUCCCCAGCCCGACGAAAGGAUCCCCCAUAAAGACCCUUAGCCCCAAAGAGCUUCCGAGUCCAAACAAUGGCUUCCCCAGCCCAAAGAAAGUGACGAGUCCGAACAAGGAACUCCCGAAUCCGAUGAAGAGACUUCCGAGUCCUACGAAAGAGUUUCCUCACCGACCUCACCCUCCUGUUCCCGAAAAGACAAGGUUGGACCCCAUCGCUCCCUCUCGGACUGGGCAACGUUCUCCCGGGCCGAUCGUGCCGACCCAAAGUCAGAGAAUGUCUAGAGUUGAAACAGAGCUCGACAUCCCUCCCCAGGUACCUUCAAAGUCGCCCAUAACCACUGUUUCACCCCCGCAUCCGCCUCUGCCUGAGCGAAACAAUACAUAUCCUCGAGCAAGAGCUCCUUCGGCGCCGAAAGCGUAUCACGGCUUACGGACUCCUGAAAGCAAACCAAACGCUCAGGAUCCUCGGAAUGCUUCAGCUCUCCAGAGAUCGCACCCUUCACAAGAAAGGCCUCCGGUCGCCAAAAGGUUUCUACCAGCACCUACUGCAAACUCCAGCAACACCAGCUUGAGUGCUGAGGAGUUCUUACUGGGGGCGCGUAUAGGACAGGCGUUACUUGACCAGCUGGACCAUGACUCUGCACCUUCCCUUCCCACGACACCUUCCGUCCCGACACUCCAGUCGAGACGAUCCAGUGUCGACAAGCCUCCAGGGUCUUUUAGAAGACAGAGGACAUUGUCUCGGACCUCGAGUACCCCUUCGACCACUCCCAGAGGGCCAAAGCGUCUCAGUAUGCCAGUCACUCCGAAUUCUACUGCAAGCCAUACAGAAGGCGAGAUACACGACCAUGCAAAGUACUUGCGCUCUCCGCAUCUCAAUCGGACCUUGUCCAUCCCACGACAAUCCCCCGAUCCCCCACUGACCGUCUCGUGGGCAGAGGUCGGUCACCCGAAAGGCCACCCGGUCGUCUUCUUCAUGGGCCUAGGCUGCGUCCGCUACCUCAUUGCCUUCUUUGACGAUAUCGCUCGCGCCUUCAACUUGCGCAUUAUUUGCAUAGACCGUUGGGGCCUCGGCAAGACUACCCAAGUGCCGCAAGAGAAGCGGACUGUAUAUGAAUGGGCCAAAGUGGUGGAAAAGGUGUUGGAUGAUAUCAAGGUGGAUAGGUUCCAACUGAUAGCGCACAGCGCGGGGGCACCGUAUGCGCUUGCGGUGGUGGAAAGAUUAGGGAAUAGGGUGAGGGGAACGCUGCAUUUGCUUGCGCCGUGGGUCAGUACGGAUAUAGAUGGAGGGUACAAAUGGCUCAAAUGGGUGCCCAAAGGGGUGAUCAAGUCCGCGACAGCAGCCGAGUGGAAACUCCAAAGCUACCUUUUGGGCAAACCUCCUCCGCUCACUUACAAACCCGUGAGCCAUAACGCGGCACCAGUGUCUUAUGGUAGCCCAAAACCGUCCCUCGAGGAAGAAGCACUUUACCGCGAGUCCAAAAGCGCACAGGCGACACCUCAGACGACCCCUGCGAAAGGUCCUGGCAUUGUGCGGAAAGCGUCGCAGAUACUGCGACCGAGGUCGAGCGGGACACCACCGGGGAAAGACAAGCACGGUCAGCUCGGCCACAUCCGUUCGCUCAAGAGCUUGAGAGGUCACUCCGAGUCUCGAGUCACAACAUUGUCGUCCCCUAGUAUCAACACCCCUUCCUCGCGUUCUCCCAAGAGCUCCACCCCGCCGACUAUCGGCAUGGAUGACUCUGAUGCAGAAUCAGACGCCGAGCAUGAUUUCGGGUUUGGCGAAGGGUUUGACGCCAUGUCGAUCAAUUUGAAGAUGCCGGCACCGCCAUCUAUCAAAUUCAGACCUUCCUAUUCGUCUUUCAGGACUACUUCUACUGCUUCCUUACCUUCUACCACCGAGACAAGCUGGCCGUCAGCGCCGACUAGCCACGCAUUCACGCUCGUGCUCACCCAGGCCUCCCAUGCCGAGUCCGAGCCCGGCACAACUUCCGACAUUUUCUAUGUCAUCCUCAACUCCCAGUCGAAGAUCGCUGGCCCGCUGGUAGACUACACAAAAGUCAAUCAUCCAACCAAGGUCUGGUAUGGCCAGAAAGACGAUAGGAUCAGUGAGAAGGCGAUGAGGUGGUUGGAACGAUGUAUGGGCGAUGUGCAGCUGGUGGUGGUGGAAGGGGAGGGACAUGGGUUGUUGAGCAGUGUCAAGGUCAUGUGGGAUGUGUUUGAAAGCUUGGGAGGAGAGGCGAGACAGUGGGGAAGGAUUGAGGAAUGA